UCUUCUCAGCCACUUCACUACUAGCUGCAUUUUAUAAAGAUUCUGAUAAAACAAUUCUGUAAAUUGCAGAUCGCUAGAGAGAGAGAGAGAGAGGUACACUAUGCUUCAUUACUAUCCAAGCCCAUGCCUCAACAUCCCUCCAAAGUAUCAAGUCCUUGAUCCAGGUCAAGUUACAACAGUAACAGUGUCAAAGAAACAAGUAAAUCACAUCCUGAAAGAAAGCCAGUGCAAGAAGCCCAUCAUUUGUUCCUUAAGAUCGUUAUCUUGGGCCAAAAAUAGCAGGAAAAAAGAGUUAUAUGUGUUGAGAAAUCUACGUAUACUAAUUAGAAAGAAUGGUAUUCCUGCCAUUUUUUUACAGAAUAAUUGGCUUCCACCAAAUUCUGAGGAUGGUGAUGAUAUUUGUUCAAGUUCUAAGAGGGGACCAAUUCUAGAGCACUUAAAUUCCUUAUAUCAGUUUUCACGUCCUCACACUGUGAUUGGCACUAUUAUAGGAAUAACAUCAGUUUCCCUUCUUCCGGUAGAAACAAUUGUUGACCUGUCUCCCACAUAUUUUAUUGGGCUACUGAAAGCACUGGUGCCUUCAGUGUUGAUGAACAUUUACGUGGUGGGAUUGAAUCAAUUGUUUGAUGUUGAAAUUGACAAGGUAAAUAAACCCUAUCUCCCACUUGCUUCUGGCAAGUUCUCAAUGGCAACUGGUAUCCUAAUUGUUUCUGCAUCUUUAUUGCUGAGUCUUUAUAUGGGAAUUACGUUUCAAUCUCCACCACUUCUUGCAGCCCUCCUUAUAAGUUUUGCCCUUGGAAGUGUAUAUUCCAUUGAACUUCCCUUUCUGAGAUGGAAGAAACAUGCUUUUCUUGCUGCAAGUUGUAUUCUGAUCGUAAGAGCAAUGGUUGUUCAACUUGCCUUCUUUGUACACAUCCAGAAAUUUGUUCUUGGAAAAUCCAUAUUUAUUCCCAGAUCGUUGAUGUUUGCAACUGCUUUCAUGUGCUUCUUCUCUGCUGUUAUUGCACUAUUCAAGGACAUCCCAGAUGUGGAGGGGGACAGAGAUUAUGGGAUCCAAUCCUUCAGUGUCAGCCUUGGCCAAGAAAGAGUCUUUUGGCUUUGCGUUAACAUGCUAUUAGUGGCCUAUGGUGCUGCUGUCGUACACGGAGCUUCUUCUCCUUCUUCGCUCCUACCAGUCAAGCUUAUCACAAUGAUAGGGCAUAGCACAAUUGCUUGGAUUUUGUGGAUGAAAGCACAAUUCGUUGAUCUCACCAGCCAGAAGUCUAUUACUUCUUUUUACAUGUUCAUAUGGAAGUUAUUCUAUGCGGAGUAUUUCCUUAUCCCUUUUGUGCGUUGAGAGUGACAAAUAUUAAAGGCUUGCAACUUCAAGAAGACAAUAACGUCCCCCAGGAACCACUGUUAUAACACAGAUGAAAGAGAUUGAGGCAUUGCUGGUUUCGGUUUUUUUUUUUUUUUUUAAUAAGCAAUAAGUUAAUUUUAUUAAUAAAAAGUAGGGCAAGAAAAAUUUAGCAUGAGAGACUUAGCUAAACCCCGACCUGGCCAACAAGCCUCUCCUCAGAACCCAAACUAAGAGGAGCAUGCUAAGCGAAGACAUUGUUGGGUUAUCACUCAUGGGAUUAGCAAAAAUACACUGAUGCAAAGGUGGUUUUACCAAGAGGAACACUGCAGGUGAUGGUGGAGGACAAGACAAACACUCCACUUCUAUAGAAAAUAUUAAUGGAAACACCUGCCUAAGAAAAUUUUACCAAUUCAAUUGGUGAGUGCAAAGAACCUUAAGUGCUUUGUAUUUUUGGCUAAUAAAUGAUUGCUACAUAUACUAUGAGUAUCA